GCCUGUCCAGAUGAAGCGUUUUACGCGCGAGUUCACUCGCGCGUUGACACUCGCGCGUAACCGAGGUACUAGAGCUACGUACAUCCCGUCCAGAUGCCUACGCGCGUUUCCUCACUCGCGCGUAAAACGCGUGCAAUGAGCGGGACUCUCGACUCGCGCGUCCCAUGCGCGAGCGCCGCGCGAGUCGAGGUACUCGGGGGCCUGUGCUGCGUCCAGUACUACGCGCGUGUCCGUGGCGAGUGGACGUAUUUGGUUCAAAAUGGAGCGUGAUAACUUUGACACGGAACUUUUUAUCGACGAAAUUGAGAAAAGGGUAGCUCUAUGGGACAUGGAAUCAUCAGAUUAUUCUAAUAGAACCAUUAAACGUAGGAACUGGGAAGAAAUAGUGGAAAUUUUUUGUGAAGUUGGUGAUUCCGAAGAGAAAAAAAAAACUUUAGGUACUUUAUUGCAGAAGAAGUGGAAAGGGUUGCGUGAUGGCUUUGUGAGAGAAAUGAAGAAGAAGAAAACCACACCGUCUGGAUCAGGAGCCUCCGGCAAAGCCAAAUAUAUUUAUUUUGAACGUUUGAUGUUUCUCGAAAGAUCGACACGGAAUAAAAUAACUGAGAGCAACAUCAACACCGCGUGUGUUGCAACUGAAGAACAGGAGUUUUCUGGCGAUGGGGAAGAUGUGAUGAGACCUCCACGUAGUCAGGCAAAAAAGAAGAAAAAACUAAAUGCGGCUGACGAAGAAUUCCUCUCAAUCAUAAAAACAAAUUUAGCAUCUGGGAAUCAGCCACAGGCAACAAACCAAAUAGAGUCAGAUGAUGACAAACUAUUUUGUUUGUCCUUACACAAAGAGCUUCUUAAAGUACCAGAGGAAAACAGACUUCAAACAAAAAUUGAAUUAAUGAAAGUACUUCAAGCUCAACAAGCUCUGUGUCUUAGACCUGCAGCAGCUCGUUCCGACUACCAACCUUCGACACAAUAUCAUUACCAAACAGGAAUGACACAACGUGGACAGAGAGAUUAUUUUGGAGAAACAGGAUAUACCACAACAGACCCUUCAACAUCUUCGUUUCCACCUGAAACCUUUUCGACUUACAAUCGAGGUUAUUGCAAUGCGUCACGACCACCAACGACGUCUAGCUACAAACACCCUUCACCGGCAUCUACACAAGAUUCCAAUGAAUCUGAAUUAAUGGAACUAUACGAUAAUUAAAUUAAAUCUUAAGUACCUACCUAUAUUAUAUAAGAAUGAUGAUUCCUAAUUUUUGUUAAUUUUGUUUAAAUUCUUUAUUUUUGUUAAUUGGGCUUAUAAUUGUUACUUAAGGUAUUACUAAAGCAAUAAAAAAUAUUACCUCAAAGUAAUCACGAGUUUUUC